GAAGUAGCUCAGUGCGAACUACUGGGUUCAGUCCCCAGGACUGAAAAUAAGGAGUGACAGGCUGGGGUUGGACUUUUGAGGGGAGCGAGCUGGAUCACUGUAUUCUGGCCCCCGUGAGUUCGAGUGCCGGUUGUUCUCAGGAGAAUCUGGACUCCUGAGUCCCGGGGGCGGCAGGGACGGCGGAUCCAGAAUCCUGGGUCUGGGGGUGCAAGGACAGGUGGGGGCGGACCCCUGGGUCCAGUGGCAGGAGGAGCGGCACCGAGGCCUGGGGGGGCGUGGUUGUUCAACCUCGGCCGUGGGUCUCAUAAGGUAAGGUUGGCGCCUCGCCGCUGGGGUCCACGCUGGCCGCGACCCUGCCCCAGCUCCGGGAUUUCCCCCUGCGCCGAGCGUGCAGGCCCCAGGGCUGGGCAGGAAUUCCCCGCGCGCGGGGAUUCCGCUAGUUCCACGUUCUGCCACGCACCCGCCUCGGGCCGGACACCUGCUGCGCGGCGCGCGCGGAGGGGGAGGGGCGGUGGAAGAUUCCCUUGCGUAGCGCCGUGACGUCAGCGCGUCGCGUCCCGCGCUUUCCGAGUCGACCUCUGGGUUUUAACCCGUCCUUCGCCGGAACCCGGGCUGAGACUGCUGAGCGUCGCGGGUCUGGGCUUCCUGGGUCCUAGGAAAGAGGAUGUUGGACUCCGGAACCGCUGCGUCUGUGGCGUGCGCUCUGGACUCCUGAGUCUUCGGAGGUUCGGUGAGUCGAAAUGAGCGGAGCCACUGCCAAACACAGACCGUGAAGAAGCUCCUGGAAGAACAGAGGCGUCGACAGCAGCAGCCAGACGCCACCGGCGGGGCACCGGGCCAGUUCUCCCCUUCCCCGUCCCAGCCCCUGACCACAUCUGUGAAUGAGGUGGAGGCUGGAUCCCUCGGAUACUCGCCUCUAUGGAGAACCCUCCCUGCAACAGGCAGGAACCUGGAGAGUUUCUGGGCUCCCUUCAGGACCCCCACAGUUGCUUCCAUGUAUGGGACCAUCCCUGGAUACAGCCCGAGCUCACAUGCUGGCCAUGGGGCCCCAACAGCUGCUGGCCCAGGAUGAGGAGGGAGACACGCUCCUCCACCUGUUUGCAGCUCGAGGACUGCGCUGGGCAGCUUAUGCUGCAGCUGAGGUUCUCCAGAUGUACAGACAUCUGGAUAUUCGUGAACAUAAGGGCAAGACCCCUCUCCUGGUGGCUGCUGCCGCCAAUCAGCCGCUGAUUGUGGAGGAUCUGUUGAACCUGGGCGCAGAGCCUAAUGCCACUGACCAUCAGGGACGUUCUGUCUUGCACGUGGCUGCUACUUAUGGGCUCCCAAGUGUCCUUUCGGCUGUGUUUAAAUCAGGCGUUCAGGUCAACCUGGAAGCCAGAGACUUUGAAGGCCUUACCCCCCUCCACACAGCCAUCCUGGCCCUCAAUGCUGCUAUGCAUCCACCCACCCUCUGUCCUCGGAUGCUGAGUGCCCAAGCCCGAGACAGACUGGCCUGUGUCCAGAUGUUGUUGCACAUAGGUGCAGAUCAUACCAGCCAGGAGAUCAAGAGCAACAAGACAGUUCUGCACUUGGCUGUGCAAGCUGCCAACCCUACCCUGGUUCAGUUGCUGCUGGAACUUCCCCGGGGGGACCUGCGGACCUUUGUCAACAUGAAGGCCCAUGGGAACACAGCCCUCCACAUGGCAGCGGCCCUCCCCCCUGGACCUCUCCAAGAGUCCAUUGUGCGGCACCUGUUGGCAGCCGGGGCAGACCCAACACUUCGCAACCUGGAGAAUGAGCAGCCCAUCCACCUGCUGCGACCUGGGCCGGGCCCUGAGGGGCUCCGGCAGCUGUUGAAGAGGAGCCGUGUGGCACCCCCAGGCUUGUCCUCUUAGGACUCAACUCAGACCUGGACUGAUUUUCCAGUCCCCCACCGUCCUGUGGGACAGUCAGCGUAUGCUAAUGAUGCAAACCCAUGAUACGUAUGUGGAACGUCUUGCCAUUAGGGUCUUACAUUAAAACCCCAAAAUGGCUGCUGGGGAGUGCACAAUCCCCAAUAUUUGGGGUGGUGUACUACCCCUCCCCCACCACAAGGAGCCUUCUUGAUGAUUUCUGUGAAAUCGAGGCCCCUUGAUUGUUUCUAUGAAACACCCAGAUCCCUCUAACUGCCACUCUCCAGGAUCUUUCAGGGUUCUCUCCCCAGCUCAGCUCCUUGUACCCAGAAAUGCAGAUGUCAUUGCCUUUCCUGGUAUUCAGGACAUUCCAGUACCUUCCCAGUGGGGCUCCUCAAAUGGCCUCCAGCCCUCCUGAGGAGCCACACUGCUUAGAUCUGAGCCCCUGGGAUGUAGGAAGGACCCUCUGGCACUCAUGUGGCCCAGUUCCUACUGUUUUCUGACUCAGAAUUCAGUGGAGUCCCUGUCAGAGACCUCCGAAGUCCUAGUGAAUCCUUCCCCUAAUCUGAGCGUCUCUGAAGCUCCUUAUUAAACUCAGUUCAAACUAGAA